GACGUCAGCAGCGCAUGCGGAAGUGAAGCGCGGAUGUUCGCAGAGUGUUUCUUCACUCGGUGUUUGACGCAGAGCUGUAAACAUGACGGACCCCAGUAAACACGACAUCACCACGGUCCUCAAGCGACUGCGCUCCCUUCCCACCAACAAGAUGUGCUUCGACUGCUCCCUGAAGAACCCCAGCUGGGCGAGCAUCACAUACGGUGUGUUUCUCUGCAUCGACUGUUCCGGGACACACCGCUCUCUGGGGGUUCACCUGUCCUUCAUCAGGUCGACGGAGCUGGACUCCAACUGGUCCUGGUUCCAGCUGCGCUGCAUGCAGGUCGGCGGCAACGCCAGCGCGAGUGCGUUCUUCAGUCAGCACGGCUGCAGCGCCAGCGCCGCCAACAUCAAAUACAGCAGCAGGGCGGCGCUGCUGUACCGCGAGCGCAUCAAGAGUUUGGCCACGCAGGCCACGCGCCAACACGGCACCGAGCUGUGGCUGGACAAUCAGGCUCCGCUCUCGCCCUCGUCUCCCGUCGACAAACACGAGGACUUCUUCACGCAGCACAUUCAGCUGCCCAUGCUGAAGGAGGGACACCAGCUGAACACUAGCCAACAGCAUGACUCCGUCCAGGACAGGAAUAAUAACGGUAUGAUGAUGUUGUGUGGUGUGUCUGGACGCUGUUGGUGUUUGAUGGGUGCAGGUGCCGGUGCUGGUGCUGGUGAGGAGGGUCCCAGUAUGGAGCAGCUCAGCACAUCUCCUUCAUCAUCUUCAUCAGAGCUGCCCUCUCUGACCAAGAAGAAACCCACCGCCACCUCCGGCAGGAAAACCGUGGGCGGCAGGAAGGCCGGUCUGGGCGCACAGAAGGUCAGCAGCCAGAGCUUCAGCACGCAGCAGAAACGAGCUCAGGCCGUGGACAGACUCCAGGAGGAGAUGAAGAGCAGCGACGCCGAGCCUCAACACCAGACAGGAUCAUCCCUGAGCCACUCGUUUGACAGUCUGGAGCUGCAGAGGAGCGCGAGGAGGAAUGAGCAGCAGAUGAGUCGCAUGGACGGCAAGAGGAAGGAGCAGGCGGAGCGACUCGGCAUGGGCUUCGGUGCCCGCAGCGGCCUGUCUCACUCGGUGACGGAGGACCUGCGGAUCAUCCAGCAAGAUGCUCCGGCUCUGAGCUCCUCCAGCAGAAGAUCUCACGACGAGGAGGAGGACAAGCGCUUCUCCUGCAGGCUCCCGGACGAGGAGUUCACAGAUCCGUUCUUCUUUCAGCAGGCUGACAUGGACCAGGACACAGAGAGGGCCGUGGUGAGGAGGACGACGGAGCCGCAGUGUGUCUCUGAUGACGCCCAGAGGAAGUUCGCCAACGCCAAGGCCAUUUCAUCCGACAUGUUCUUCGGCAAGCAGGACUACUCUGAGUAUGAAGUACGGGCGCGACUGGAGAAUUACUCGGGCAGUUCGGCCAUCAGCUCCGCAGAUCUGUUUGAUGAGCAGAAGAAAUCCACAGUGUCCGGCGGCUCGUCCCGCUUGAGUAACAUGAUGCCCUCUGUGCCGGACAUGAUGCAGCUGAAGAGUGGUGUUCGGUCGGUGGCGGGAAAGCUGUCAGGCAUGGCCAGCGGAGUCGUGUCCUCUAUACAGGAUCGCUACGGCACAUGAGCUUUGCUGGAGCUGCCACAGACACUACGAUACUGAGUGAAGGAGCUUAUUAUCAACCAUCGCUUUGGUCUGUUUUCUUCUGUUUCUUAUUUAGUCGGGCGGCAUUUGGUGCGUUUGAUGAGGAUUCUGUUUGUCAUUUGGGAGAUGUGUGCUUUGGGGACCAAAUAUCAUCUGCAAUUGAAGUGAAAUAUUUGCACUCGUUUACUUUUGCACUAUUCUGAGAUAUAAACUUGCAGUUCUUCAGCUGUUUCCUACAGUAAUGCAGGUGUAACUGUUGACUGAUCACGAGGAGGAUAUUGGAGCGGCGGAUGCGAUGAUGUUCUGCUCAUAGAAGGGCUUUAUGUGUGGAUAAUAUAGAGUUGAUGAUGAUGACACACUACCAAUGAUCUGAUGUGACAAUCGUUUACCUGAAGCCUUAUUAAUCUCAUUGCCAUAUAUAUGUUUUUUUUUUUUUUUUGUCAUUUAUGAACAUUUAUCAAACAUGAAGGUGGUUGAUUUAUCUGGUAAAAUUGUUUAAUUCAAUAAAGAACUGAUUUGAU